AUGAAUGUUAAUGUCUGGAAUAUCAAGGAGAUGUUGAGCACGCCCAUAACCACUGGGUCUACUAGGUUUUCCACGCGGGGCAGCGGUCCCACCGAGCACUCGAGCCUCAGCAACUCGCAGCCGCUCUUCGGCUCCCAGCUCUGCCCGGAGAACCUGCAGGCGGCGCCGCUGAAGCUGAGCACCCAGCUGGGACAGCACAACUCCCAGGACAGCGAGCCCAGCAUUUUUACCAAAUACCAGACAAAACCACCUUUAUUUGAUGAAGAUCCAAAAGAAAAAGGUUUGCUCCAUUUUGGUGCAGGAAGAGAGAGAAGUUUCUUGGAAAGUUUUGAAGUGUGUAAGAACAAAAUAAAGGACAAACAUGAUCGUGAGGUGUUAAGCACCUUUAUGUCCAGUAUCAAAGACCAGCUUCAAGGGCUGCAAGCAUGCUUGGACAAGUUUGGAGAAAUGUUUGAGUCAAGAAACAAAUCCAUUUUGGUUCACCUGGAAACCAUUUCCAAGACACUGCAAGAUGCUCUUCAAAGUCACUGUGGCUCCGUGCUGGAAGCUCUGACAGAUAAAAGCCAAAUGGAGCAGGCACUGCUGGAGAUGGAGAGGAGACUCGCAGCUAAAGAUGAGGAGAUGUCGGAUGUGAAAACCAGUUUCCAGCUGCUGAAGGAAGGUCUGGAGGCACUGCCAGCUCAGCUGAGUGGUCAGUACCUGAAGCUGUGGGAAGAACAAGGUUUCCUGAAGCUCCCUAACACCUUAGCUGAGCUGCACACACUUGUUUCCAGUGCCAGGCUCCCCCCUCACAUGGUAGAUAACUCAUCCCAGACCUCCCCUGGCCUGUGCCAGGAUGUUGUCCUGGGUGAGAAGAAUGCACACUGGCCAUGCUGCCAUGGCAGGGGGGUUUGCAGCUCCUCAGGUGGGUCUCAGCACCCUUGCACGGCAGUGAGGGAGCAGCAUGGAGACUGCCCUGUGAGUUGCCAGGUCACCAGGAACGGCACACCUCUGGGUGACCUAAACACACCUUCAGGAGGGAAAGCCAGCCCCAAGGCCCCAGUGGUGAAAUACGGUUUGGAAACGCAGAGCUGUGCUAACCAUCCUCACGUGUGCUGUGCUAAGUGUCACUUUUUGGGGGAGACUCAGAAGGAACAGUGUCCACAGGAGGAGCCUCUACAAACUCCACUGGAGAAGGUGGUCAGGAGAGGCGUUCGAGGGUUUGAACCCAUGUCACUGCAGCCCCAGGCUUGUCACCUUUCUGUAAGAAAAGAGGGGCCUGUACGAAGAGACCAUGACUGGGUGACAGACCGUGAGAUGGAGAACGUGGCUGUAGGGAGCAAAGCAAAGCAGAGGCCAGGAAGAAUCCCCUGGGAUAGAGCAGUGGGGAGGAAGAAAACGUGCCCCACCAUGAGAAAAGGCGAGCUCUCUCGACAUGCUGGCAGUGGGCUGAAGCAAAGGAAGGCAAAUGGGAUUACUGAGUUGGAAAGCUCCAGAAAAAAUGGCUUUCCCAGAUACAUGGUUGCUCUCAAUUUAGGAAGCUCCAGCCCAGUUCCUGCAGCUUGCAAUCAGCAGAUCCUCAGCAGUGCUCAGCCAAGGCUUAUGAAGAGUUUCCCACCAGUCCCAUGCUCCAAUAAAAGCCUGCAACAACUUGUAGACAAACGAAAGAGAAGUUUGGAAAUUAAAAGAAGAGCAAAUGUUUCCAACGUAAAAGGGAAACUCUGGGAUUCUUCUCCCCAGGAGAAUAUAUUUGCCCUGUGCAGCACAACAGGUGAGAGCCAGAUGAGCUGCUUCAGCCUCCAAAGCCCUGCUUCCUCCCAGAAACCACGUCCUGUUGCUCCACUGGCUGAGCAGAAAGUGGCUUGUUGCUCUCUAGUUUUUGAUAGUGAUUAUUCUGAUUGA